AUGGCUUCCUUUAUACAUGUCACUCUUUUGUUUGGUACGCACUAUCUUAUUGUUUGUAAUUUCCACUCAUCUCCGCACCACUCCGAUUAUCCUCUUUUGAUCAGCCAUUCAACCCAGGAGACACAAUGGGAUCAUCCGAUCAUGACAGAUCUGAUGCAAACACUUCAAGACUUUAAUGCUAUUCGGAUUCCUACAUACCGCACUGCUACGAAACUGCGCCGAUUACAAAAGGAACUAUGCCUCGACUUGAUUCCGCUGCAGCUGAUCAAAGAGGCUCUGCCGGGCCCGGCGGAGGGCCAUUCACGUUGCGAAGGGGAUACGAGCUCGCCGGUGUCCGGCCCGUCGGGCAUCAUUGACGUGGCUCGUAUGACACUGAUUCUGACUAGCCUCUUCAUCAAAUGCAAACACGCUCACGAACAACCGACACGUGAAUGGCAUCGGGGCGGACCCUUCCGACCGGCACCGACUCCCAACCGAUCCACGACAUCUGCUCCGUCGCCCGGACCGGCGGGUGGCACCGCCAACGGGCCGAGCUCGUCGGGCCUGCACGAGGAGACCGGCCAACUCGACAGUUUGGUAGGUCAAAGUCAGGUAGACAGGGUAACAGGUGACGGGAGAGAUAAAAUUAUCGGCGUAUCCUGCUCUUUACAGAGUGAACAUACAUGA